AUGCUCCGCGGCGCCGUGAAGGAGCAUGAGCAGAAGAAUGGGCAGCCGCGCCUCUCACAGUCGAGUUUCUCAUCGUCUCAACAAGGGCCCGCCAAGCCAGCAGCAUAUUCAUCCGCCRCCAACCCAGGCCACCGCAAUCCACUGAAGCCCAGCUCGGCAUCGUCAAUCAACAGCCAGAACUAUCCAUCGCAUCGUGGUGGCCUGAAACGGACUGCCAGUGGAUUGGCCAAAGCAUUGGACGGUUCUUUUGAAGACGAUGGUCCAGGCUCUCGCUAUCAGCCAAUGGAGAUUGCUGCGCAGGACGGCCUCUUUGACGAGAAUGAUUUUGACAGCGACAUCGAUCUGGAUAUCGAUGAGCCGCUACCCAUGAAAUCCGUGAGCUAUCCCAGGCUGCCUGCUCAGCCCAUCAAAGCAGCUCCUGCCAAAGCCGUCACAUACCCAUCAUUACCAAAGCAGCAGCCAGUAAAGAGCUUUGCAAGUCCCACGCCUGGGCAUGGGUCCAUGCAGCCGCCGACGAGGAGCGAGGCACCGGGAAGUAGUGCUCCAGUGCCAUGGUCUUCUUCGCCGUUGGAACACCUCGCUGCCUCGCGCCCGCAACAGUCGCUACAGCAGUACGCUUUUGAUCCACGCACAAGCAAUACUGCCACAUCGACAUCGACAGGGAGUCAUAAUGCUGGAGCACAACCAGCGGCAGCAAAGCGCAGGAAGCUGCCAUGGCAGUCCGAGGAAGUUGAUGAGGAGCCACCUCCAUCCAUGUCAACCGCAAAGUCACGCACACAGAGCACGCCAGGCAUGUUUACGCCGCAUUCCAAAGACAAAUCGAAGGACAAGUCGUUGUUCCCGUGGAACACCACCGCAAGCGCAAUCAAGGAGCAACAGAAGAAACAUCGUGAGGACGCCAAAAAAGCCGUCAAAAAGCAUGCCGGCACAGACGAGUCGCUCGCUGCAGCGAAGAGCAACAAUAAGCGUCCUGCUCGCGUCUUCCUUAGCGAAGAGCAGCAGCACGUCCUCGAUCUCGUGAUUGAGCAGAAGAAGAGUGUUUUUUUCACCGGUUCGGCCGGAACKGGAAAAUCGGUCCUCAUGCGUGAGAUCAUCUCACAGCUACGGAGAAAGUAUUCUCGAGAGCCAGAUCGCGUGGCAGUGACCGCAUCUACCGGCCUUGCUGCAUGCAACGUGGGCGGUGUCACACUGCACAGCUUUGCGGGCAUUGGACUUGGCAAGGAGGCAAUCCCUGAACUGGUUCGGAAGAUAAAGAAGAACCAGAAGGCGAAACAUAGAUGGAUGAGAACCAAGGUUCUGGUUGUUGACGAAGUGUCUAUGGUCGAUGGAGAGCUCUUCGACAAACUAGAAAGCAUCGCACGCCAGAUCAGAAACAAUAUGCGUCCGUUCGGCGGCAUCCAACUUGUAAUCACUGGUGAUUUCUUCCAACUGCCACCAGUCCCCGAAGGUGGUCGCGUGGCCAAAUUUGCAUUCGAUGCGGCAACAUGGUCAACCAGUAUCGAGCACACAAUCGGCCUUCAUCACGUCUUCCGUCAAAAGGAUCCUAUUUUCGCCGGCAUGCUCAACGAGAUGCGCGAAGGUCGCCUCUCCGACUCUUCGACUGCAGCCUUUAGAAAACUUGCCAGACCACUCACAUUCGAGGACAUGCUCGACGCUACCGAGCUGUUCCCAACUCGCCAAGAAGUAGAAAGGGCGAAUGCGGAGCGUCUGCGUGGACYUCAAGGGGACCUCUUCCCAUUCCCUGCGAAAGAUGGUGGUUCCAUUACAGACAAGUCCGGGCGCGAUCGUCUUCUAGGCAACUGCCUCGCACCAGAGCUCAUAACUCUGAAGAAGGGGGCUCAAGUCAUGCUGAUAAAGAAUAUCGAUGAAACGCUGGUGAACGGUUCUUUGGGCCGAGUAAUUGGCUUCAUGGACGAGCGGCAAUUCGACAGCUACAACAACAACGGGGACAUGUUCCCUCACUCACCCGGUGGUACUCUUUUGUCAAACUCGGCGGAAGGUGGACCCGGCAUGGACCCUGGCGAGCGACCUCGUGUCAUGAUGGACCACAUUACGACCUCUCGAAAGUGGCCUUUGGUACGGUUUGCAAUUGCAGACGGAACCUGGCGAGAUCUUCUCUGUCAGCCUGAAUCUUGGAAAGUCGAACUGCCGAACGGAGAGGUACAGGCAUCUCGGUCUCAAAUACCACUGAUCCUCGCCUGGGCAUUGUCGAUUCACAAAGCGCAAGGCCAAACGCUCGAGCGUGUCAAGGUUGAUCUUGGCAAGGUCUUCGAGAAGGGGCAGGCAUACGUUGCGCUCAGUCGUGCCACCAGCAUGGCCGGCUUACAGGUCCUCAGGUUCGAUCCGAAGAAGGUCAACGCACAUGAAAAGGUUCGGACCUUUUAUGCAAAUCUCGGGCGAGUCGAACUCGCGGAAAAGAACAAAGACCGCAUGGAAAAGAUGAACAASUCCACCACGACUGCUCAGAGUUACGAACAAAACUUCAUCGACGCGGAAAUCGAGUAG